AUGGUAAGCAUAGUUAACCAUUUUUCUGAAGUAUCAAGCGAUAGCGAUGAUUACGAAGAACCAAAUGACAUGCAGAUGGGAAAAAUACCAGAAAAUCUGAUCUCUAUAGACUCAAGCGAUGAUUAUGAUGACGAUGUUGAUAAUAACGACAAUAAUACAGAAAGAUCACAGUCAAAUUUGAGCGUGUAUCCUUCACUUCAUAUGAAUGGUAAUGUUUACAGAACUGAAGAAGAUUUUCAAGCUGAAAUCAAUCGUUUGAAAAAGCAAAGUACCAAUAGGUUCAAAUCUAAAUGGGAAGAGAUAUUGGAGAAAUAUGCACAAAUUGAUGAUGAAAAGGAGAGUGAUGAAAUAGAUUUAGCGUCAGGUGAGAUAAUAACAGAUAAUGGCCACUUAAGAUCUCUUAGAACUGGUAUAAGAGCCAAUACAGAUGUGAAGUUUGACGGUGAUAUUUGGUCUGUAACGUACGAUUUGGAGAGAGAUAUACAUAAUAGGUAUGUUAAAGAGGCAAGACACAAACAACAGAAGAUGGAGUUGAAGCGACAGUUAAAAGACCAAAAACUAUUCCACAACGUUUCGUUGCAAUCCUCGCCUCUUAAGGCAGACGAUUUCACUAGGGGAAGCUCGUUCGCCCUGUCCUCGGAAGAUAAUUUAUUGUCUUUAAACCCAUCUCCAACGAAGAAAUUUAAAGUUUCACCAGUCAAGGGUAUUAGAGGCUCAAGUCCAGUACGAGAUGAUGAUAUAUCACUUCUUACACCUACAAAAAGGAAAUCACGUAAGCUAUCUAAUAUUUAUAAUGCUAAAAGCCUUCCAACAAAAUUACAUUUUGAUGAUAUCCCACGUCUUCAUAUGGACGAUUAUAAUAUAGCUAAGAGCGGCGAUGAAAGCUAUGACGAUAUGACUAAUAGUCCUUUUUUUGUAUAUAAUAGUUCGUUGCGUGAUAAUAGCAGGAGUUAUGAAACAAAUUCUCCACAAGAUUAUGACGAUGAUACCCCAAACACAGCAACUGCUUCAGAUGGGAAAGGAUAUGCUGAAACAUCGGAAACGUCCGAUGUUGAAUCUGAUGACAAUAAGGCCACGAAACUUUCUUCUUCGGAUCAAUAUUUGGUUGGAUCCAACACAAACCAGUAUGUGUCUGAGAGUGAAGAUGACAAUGAUGAUUAUAGCUUGGAUUUUGAUGAUGAAUUCCUGAUUGUGACUGAUCCUUGCAUAUAUCCCCCAACUGAAAGUUCUACUAAUAUAUAUAGUUGUGCCAUUGAACAUUGCCAUUAUUGCACAGGUAAUAAAUCAUUAUAUCAAAGUCAUUUAUUGGAUAAACAUUCCACCGUACUACAUUCAUUAGGGUAUCCAAUUAGGGAAGAUACGUCUGCUAUUAUUCUGAACCCCAAUAUUUCUCAAAGUACUGUCAAAAAGCUAACUAAAUAUUUUCCAUUAAUAUUUGAAGUCCCACGUUUGCCACUAUCCAAGAAUAGCCAACCAUUUAUUUGCGGGCUAAAUCUUGGAAACUCCAGGACUUGUCAAAAAUUCUUUGUUACCAAACAUGAUCUUAUUUUACAUCAUCAAAACGCUCCUAAUGAAUGCUCUUACAAGAAGCAGGUAUUAAUAUGUCCUAUGUUAGGGUGUGGGUAUAUGACGGAUAUGGGCUAUUUGGAGUGGAGAUCUCACUUCAUAGAGAAGAAGCAUCAUCUUGACCCAAAACAUAAAAGAAAUAGACAGAAUGAAGAAGGCUUGAAGCAUGAAGAAACAAGGGAGAAUGAAGAGUCAAACCUCUCACAAUUAAGUUACAUCCCAAAUCUAUAUGAAGAAGAAGAGGAAUAUGAGAAGCUCAGUCAUCUUGAUAAAAUCAACAUGCCAAGUCUGAAUAUCUCAAAUCUGGAUCAACCUACUAAGGUUUCAACAAUACUUGACGUGGUUAACGAAAUUAAUGACAUUUUUAGUGAUUCGGGAUCUGAUGCUUCCAUUAACGAAUAUCUUAACGACGACGGAGACAUAGAAUUUAGCAAAAUGAGCGUAGAUGUGAAGCGUGAUCCACAAAGACCAUACCAUAAUGAGAUGCCGAAUUUAAAAAUACAAUUAAAUUUGCAUGAAGAUUUGCCAUAUCCCUUGGAUGAAGAUUUGCAGACUGGUCAUGAAUCUAUAGAAGAGUUAUUUGACGACUGA